AUGCGCGCCCCCUCCCCGCAGGACGGACGCGUCUAUUAUAGGAUGGCAGGGCGGGUGGCGCGCGUGCGGGCGACGGUCCGCGCCGCGGGGGGCGCCUUGCCCCGGCACGGGGUCCCGGGCGGGGGGCGAGUAUUAUGGGAUGCCGGAGCGAAGGGCCUCCGGCCGCAGAGUGCCCCCGGGUCCGCGCCGUCCCUGUGCCCGAGCGGCCGCAGGACUUUUCCCUCCCCUCCCCCACCCGUCACCGCGCCGGGGAGCGGCAGCCCCGCCGGUCCCCGCAGCCUCGGCCAGCGCCUGCGGUUUGGCCCCCGCCCGACACUUGUCCCUGGGGGAAGGCGGCCCCUCGCCGCAUGCGAGCUGGACUUCCCCGGCCCCGCCCCGCGCCCCCGCCCGAGAGACCGUGCCCCGCCGAGACGCUGCCCCCCCACCCCCGCCGCCCCCGCCCUGCGCCGUGCAGCCCCGCUCCGGGCGGGGGCGCGGGUGCGGCGGGCAGCGGCGCGGGGCUGCCGGCGCCACCGAACCUGCUCUGCCUUUUGUGUGAGGAGAAGGAGGAGGAAGGCGACGCUGGGUUGCCGCUCCGGCUGCAGCAGUGUUAACUCGCGGCCGACGCGCCAAGUUCAGGCGGGCGAGUUGGAGAGGCUGCCGGCGGCUGCCGUUCCGCCGCUGUCCUCCGUACCCUGCCCCGCGCCGGCCGCCGGCUCGCUGACAGCGUCCCGACUGGCGCAAGGUCUCUUAGGGAGGCACACCUGCCUUCUCUGCCACUCCACCAUCUCCUAG